UUGGCUUCUUAUGAAGAAGAUGAACCCCAAACGUGCAUUCAGAAGCUGGAAGACCGCGGAUUGGACACCGCGGGCCUCAGUUGUGAACCUAGACGAAUGCGAGUGCCAGCCGUGGCUCCGAAAACGCGACGCCAUUAUCAGGAAACCGUGAAACUGUGGCCUUGUAACUUUCAUGAAAACAAAUAUUUAGAGAAGGUUUUGAGUGACAAAUUGUUUGACGUAACCGAAAAAUUGGAGCAGCAAAAGUAUAUGAAGAAGUGUUUGGAAGCUGCACGGUGUAGUUUUGAAGCUGGUGGUGCUGGGGUCGGAGCCCUGGUUGUCGAUCCGGCAAAGAAACGGGUUAUCGCCGUAGGGUAUGAUGACAGGGUUAAAUACCAUUUAAAGCAUGCCGUUAUGGUAGUCGUUGAUCUGGUGGCGCAUUCUCAGGGCGGGGGGGCCUGGAAGGUGGGAGACAGACUGGGGUUUUUGGAAACUGGAGAAUCUUUUAUAAAAGAGAUACGUAAAUCAUACGUGGAUUCUGAGCCAUUGACACAGAAGGAGACUCGACGUUGUUCCAGCUCCGAAGCUGGCAACAAGCAAACCUCAAGCGAUGUUUGGUUCGGGUGCAGAGAUACUGACAGCAGUGGCGUCGAUGUAGUGCGGUCGAAGGACGGUUCUGCCUCUCGAGAGCCGAAGACGGGUCCUUACGUCUGUACAGGAUAUGAUGUGUAUGUGACCAGGGAGCCGUGCCCCAUGUGCGCCAUGGCAUUGGUGCACAGCAGGGUAAGGCGUGUCUUUUAUGGAUGCCCGAGUCCUCAGGGAGCGCUGGGCACGAAAGUCAAACUUCAUACGUUGAAAGGUCUCAACCAUCACUAUGAAGUAUUUGCGGGAAUUUUGGAGAAGGAUUGUGAAAAUGUUCAAAAUACAUUCCCGGAUAACUUGGGCAUGCGCUGUUCAAGAUUGUCUUGAUACUGUAAUGGCAGCGAGAUCGUAUAGUACACUUCACAACGAGGUUUGAUAACGUUGGCAACACGUCGAGAGGUUGUUUGAAACUAAUGAGCUUUUUAAAAUAAUCGUUUCAGUGUUUAUGAAACUACGUUGUAGCAUGGAGAGAAGCCUCAUUUUACAGUCAGUGGUGGCCUUCUGGGUUGUCAUGCCGCGUGGACUCUGGUACGGAAGAUAUCGCCCUGAAGAUGGAGGCAGUAAAUUCCUCCGAAGCUUAGGUAGCCACCAGAAUACGCCAUUGACACAUUCACUGCCCCUUGAAUACAAAGUGGCAACACCAACACGUCUACAGGUCUGUUAUAGAGAUGGGGAGAAGAUUUUCUUUUUUUCAGAAACACGACAAAGUAUUGUCUUUGUUGCUUUGUUCGAUGUAAAAGACAUGUCGCAAAGUCGAGGUUUGAACCCGAGACCACUAGUAUACGAAGCAAGCCUCGUAUGUACAGUGUGGUUCAUACUGGACCGAACAAAGUUCAGCACUGCCGAGUUAUG